AAGGGUGAGUUUGACGUCAUCAGCCCGCGCUCGCUCUCUUUUUCUGUAUCUCCGCCGCCCGCGAGUCUGCUCCGUCCUGAGAGUGGCUGUAAAGAUGGACUGGCGCCCUGAUGAAGAAGGAUUACAGCAGGUUCUGCAGCUCCUGAAAGAUUCUCAGUCACCAGACACGGCCACCCAGAGAGUCGUCCAGGAUAAACUGAAGCAGCUGAACCAAUUUCCGGAUUUUAACAAUUACUUGAUCUUUGUGCUGACGCGGCUUAAAUCUGAAGAUGAGCCCACAAGAUCUUUGAGUGGUUUGAUCCUAAAAAACAACGUAAAAGCCCAUUACCAGAACUUCCCCCAGCCGGUCUCAGAGUUCAUAAAGCAGGAGUGUUUGAACAGCAUCGGAGAUGGAUCAUCGCUCAUCAGAGCCACAAUUGGUAUUCUCAUUACCACUAUUGCAUCCAAAGGGGAGCUGCAGAUGUGGCCAGAACUUCUACCUCAGCUCUGCAACCUUCUGAAUUCAGAAGAUUACAACACAUGUGAGGGUGCAUUUGGUGCUCUGCAGAAGAUCUGUGAGGAUUCCUCUGAGCUUCUGGACAGCGAUGCUUUAAACCGGCCGCUCAACAUAAUGAUCCCCAAGUUCCUCCAGUUCUUUAAGCACUGCAGCCCCAAAAUCAGGUCCCAUGCAAUUGCCUGUGUCAACCAGUUUAUCACCGACCGAGCGCAAGCCCUCAUGGACAACAUUGACACUUUCAUAGAGCAUCUUUUUGCACUAGCCGUGGACGAGGACCCUGAGGUUCGGAAGAAUGUGUGUCGGGCGCUUGUUAUGUUGUUGGAGGUGCGGAUAGACCGCCUUCUUCCUCACAUGCACAGCAUCAUCCAGUAUAUGCUGCAAAGGACGCAGGACAGUGAUGAGAAUGUAUCCCUGGAAGCCUGUGAAUUUUGGCUGACACUGGCUGACCAGCCCAUCUGUAAGGAUGCCCUGUCCAAUCACCUCUUGCAGCUGAUUCCUAUCCUGGUUAAUGGAAUGAAAUACAAUGAGAUUGAUAUUAUUCUUCUAAAGGGAGAUGUUGAGGAAGAUGAAACCGUUCCAGACAGUGAGCAGGACAUCAAGCCUCGCUUCCACAAGUCACGCACUGUGACCCUGCAGCACGAGGAAGACAGGGCUGAAGGAGAGGAAGAUGCAGACGAUGAUGACGACGACGAUGAUACAUUAUCUGACUGGAAUCUGAGGAAAUGUUCCGCUGCAGCUUUGGAUGUCCUGGCUAAUGUUUUUCGAGAUGAAUUGCUUCCUCACCUUCUCCCCCUUCUCAAGAACCUCCUCUUCCAUCCAGAAUGGGUCAUAAAGGAGUCGGGAAUACUUGUUCUUGGCGCCAUUGCUGAAGGUUGCAUGCAGGGAAUGGUUCCCUACCUACCAGAGCUCAUCCCUCACCUCAUUCAGUGCCUGUCUGAUAAGAAAGCUUUGGUACGCUCAAUAGCUUGCUGGACUCUGAGUCGCUAUGCCCACUGGGUAGUCGGCCAGCCUCCCGACCAAUACCUGAAACCCCUCAUGACUGAGCUGCUUAAACGCAUCCUGGACAGCAACAAACGGGUGCAGGAAGCCGCAUGCAGCGCAUUUGCCACUCUGGAGGAAGAGGCGUGUACAGAGCUUGUACCAUAUUUAAGCUUCAUCUUGGACACACUGGUUUUCGCUUUUGGAAAGUAUCAACAUAAGAACCUCCUAAUCUUAUAUGAUGCCAUUGGGACACUAGCAGAUUCUGUUGGACACCAUUUAAAUCAGCCGGAGUACAUCCAAAAGUUGAUGCCCCCUCUAAUCCAGAAAUGGAAUGAGUUGAAAGAUGAAGAUAAAGACCUCUUCCCACUUUUGGAGUGCUUGUCCUCCAUUGCGACGGCACUGCAAAGUGGGUUCCUACCAUACUGUGAGCCUGUCUAUCAGAGGUGUGUGACUCUGGUGCAGAAGACACUGGCCCAAGCCAUGAUGUACAGUCAGCACCCAGAUCAGUAUGAAGCUCCCGAUAAGGAUUUUAUGAUAGUAGCCUUGGACCUCCUGAGUGGGCUGGCAGAGGGGCUCGGUAACAAUGUUGAGCAGCUGGUGGCAAGAAGCAACAUCAUGACUCUUCUGUUCCAGUGCAUGCAGGACAUAAUGCCAGAAGUUCGACAGAGUUCCUUUGCUCUCCUGGGUGAUCUGACCAAGGCGUGUUUCCUCCAUGUAAAACCUUGCAUAUCGGAGUUCAUGCCUAUACUCGGUACCAACCUGAAUCCAGAGUUUAUCUCUGUCUGUAACAAUGCCACCUGGGCCAUUGGCGAGAUCUGCAUGCAGAUGGCAGAGUUCAGACUGGGAGAAGCAGAAAGAACUCAAGGAGCCAAUCCGCUGAUAGGAGCAGAGAUGCAACCGUAUGUCCCUAUGGUUUUGAAUAAUCUUGUAGAAAUUAUUAACCGGCCUAACACCCCCAAAACGCUUCUUGAAAACACAGCAAUUACCAUUGGACGGCUUGGCUGUGUGUGUCCCCAAGAAGUAGCUCCCAUGUUGCAGCAGUUUAUCAGGCCAUGGUGUACCUCGCUUCGGAACAUCCGUGACAAUGAAGAAAAAGACUCUGCUUUCAGAGGGAUCUGUAUAAUGAUUGGUGUGAAUCCUGGUGGCGUUGUACAGGACUUCAUCUUUUUCUGUGAUGCAGUAGCCUCCUGGGUCAGUCCAAAAGAUGAUCUGAGAGACAUGUUCUAUAAGAUUUUGCACGGUUUUAAGGAGCAGGUGGGAGAGGAAAAUUGGAACCAGUUUUCUGAGCAAUUUCCACCUCUGCUGAAGGAACGUCUAGCUGCAUUCUAUGGCGUGUAAUGUUAACUGGGGCAGAUCUACACACACCCAGCGUGGGAGGUUCCUGUUUGGUCCAUGAGGUGAUUGGAGAGAAUGGUGUCCUACGCCCCCACACAUCAGUCUUUAGCAGGGUUUCAGGGAUCAGUAUCCAGGGCCAAUAACAUCCUUCCACUCCAGACUUCAUCCACCUGACUUCCAAGGAACCUCAGCGGAGCACAGGAGGACGUGAACAUCAUCAACAUCCUCCCGCCACACCCCCCCACCCCCCCAGGGAUCUUUUUAGUUUAUAUGUGGAGCAUGAUGGGAGGGGAGUUGAGUCUUAGGAUUUACAAUGUUACCCUUGUAGGGUGGGGGUAGGGGAUGUACGGGGGGGCGGAGCUGGUCCCACGUCAGGAUCUGUUAUUGGGAGGGUAAGAGGGAGAGGAGGGUUGGAGGGUUAGACUAAUAGAGUGGGAGGGAGGAGGGGCAUCUACAGGUAGAGACAUUUGAUUGUUCCCCUGCAAUUCAGCGCAGGUUAGAAUCAAACCUUAAAAAUAAAAAAAUAAAAAUUCACAGAAGAAUAGGGUUGCAGCCACAGAACAGAAGGUCGGCCAUCUUUUAUAGGCCCAGAGUCAGAGGAAAGGGAAGAAAUGUGAAGCUAUGUGCUAGACACUUGGCGGAUCUGCUUGGGUGAAAAAGGAAGAGUCUCGUUCCUUUGCCAGUUUGCACAAAUGUUUAAUUAGCUGACUACUUUUCAUCCUUGUUUUCAAUACGCAAGUAGAUUGGGUCAGUAAUAUAAAAAAAUAAUGUGAGAAUUUAAUUGUGCUGCUGCUGUGCUUAGCCAUUGCUAUUGCUUGCACUUUUACUAACAGCCGCCAGGUAAGUGGGGUCUGAAAAGCAGAGCUAGUGAAGGAUCCUGUAGAGGUCACAUUGGAAAAUUGCAAUCAUAUUGCACUAGACGAUUUUGAGAAAAUCAAUAAUGAAUUUGUGUUGGGUAAUAUUUCUGCAUGGUUAAUGCUCCAUGUACAAAGGCCUCAAGGCUAUGGAGCUGGACGCCACAGCACAUCCAUUUUUUGCUUUUAGGGCAGUAAUACUUUGGUUCACCUCGUGAGGGAGCAGUGGUUGCUGUGUAAACAAAGCAGGUCUAUGUUGCACUGGGAAGUAACUGUGUGCGGUUUAUGUUCCUUAAAGUACAAUUAAACUAAAACCUUUGCUGAUCUACACAGGCUGUAAAUGCUGAUCCCUUUUGCUGAAAGGGUUGGUUUUCUGGCGGUCAUGGAGACUGCUUUAAUACGUUAUGACAUUGAGCAAGUGUGCCCAUCUGCAGUUUGUAGUUACUGACAUGUUCCUGGCCAGUAACUCUCUAAAAGUAUAAAAGUCCAGAGGAUUGGCACACCUGCAAGACUAUGAUUACCAAAGGCAACAGCCAUUUCUCUUCCGUUCAUGGACGGACACGGCAGCAAUUGACCUUAGGGUAUUAUCCUCUCUUUUAGGAGAUUGACAAGGCAGAAAAACAGCAUUUUUUGUUCUGAUGGCUUUAUGCACUUUUUUUUUUUAUGAAACAGUGACACCCCAUUCCUUUAAAGCAGGAGAGAUGGCUGCUGUUUAGUUGGUAUAGUUAAGCUGUAUUCAUGCCUGAUCCUCAAGGCUCCCCAGGGCUAGGUGCACCCCAGCACCCUAACCUUGGUGUGUAGACGGCUGUUGCUGAAGCAUCACAUUCAGCAUGCAGUUGGAAAGCAUUUAGACAAUAACUUGAGCUUCUCUGUGUGCAGCCUUUAAUUCAGAUCUGUGAGUAGUAAAUGCUGUUUUUUUUAUUUUUUACUACUGGCUGUAGAUUUCAACAGGCAUUUAGUUGGGGAUGAGCCCUGUAGAUGUUCAUUAAAUGCCUGCUGAACAUGGGUAGCUCUUUUUCAGCUCCCUUCCUGGUUGAUCUGAUUACAGAUCUUAAUUGGAAAGCUGGCUGUAGUUUUUUAACAAACCUUUAAAAAGCUCUGGGCUGAACUUUGGAGAUGAUUACUAAAUAUAUGCUUUAAAGGGAAAGCCUUAAGCAUGGUUAAAAAUAAAUAUAUAACCGCACCACAAGUCAUUUUUGUGCUUCUUGCUAAAAAAUCUUAUCGUUUUUAAAAUGCAGUCCUCUGAUUGUUCCAUAACUUUAAAAUAUGAAUUUUCUGUGACGGUGGCAAUGCUUAAUGCAUUGUGUGCCACUGAUUAUAUGCAGCCAGUCUUCAGAAUUUGUAUGUAAUUGGCCCCCUGCUCCUCCCAUCUGUUUUCCUUUAUUACCACGCUGGGACUGAUCCUGCGAUCUCAGCAGACAGCCUGUCCAGUUCAAGAAUUGUCUGCAAUCAUUGUCCCCUUUCAGCAGAACAGCAGCAAGUACAACUGCAAUGCUGGUAUACUAGAAUAGAUGCAUUCGUGGUGCAUCCAAAUAGGUGUUCAGUAUCUUACAGUUUCUUUCUAAAGCUGCCACAGCCUUAGUAGAAAAGCCCAUCCCCUUCCAGCAGCUGUAAAAUGGGACUCUUCCUUGCUUGGUAGUCAUUUGCAGAAAAACAUUGCCUCUACUCAGUCAGGCCUGUUAACUCUGCGAUUGCCAAAGCUUAGGUUUCCCAAUGAUUGCAAAGAUUUGUCUCUGACUCAGCAGAAGGCAUGUCAAACCUCUGCAAAGAUCAGGGUUACACUUUGCAGCUUGCUGGCAAGGGACUGGCUUUUAUUUCUCAAGCUGUGGCUGAUUUUUAAACAAAACAAAGACUUCAGAUUUGAAUGCGUCUGGACUCUAGUUAACUAAUUGAAACAGACAUUUAGUUUAAGCUUUAAAAAAAUGCCUGUGGUUUCUUUUUAGCCAAAUAGGGUAUGUUUUUACAUCCAGGUCCUGCACAGUUGCUUGGAAGUGUAUCGGAUCUACCAUAUAACCUUUCUAAGGUAACAGUGCUGAAAUUCUGUAACUUUUGCGUGCCUCCAAACUGAUCCUCGUGGAGCAACCUGCAUUCUCUGCGGUUUAUGGGGCUUUGAUCUCUGUCCAAGUUAAAAUGAAGUCCUCCCUCCAAUGACAAACUUUAACGCUAACUACUUUUAAAUUCCAGUGGGCAGUGGAGACCCUGACAUUUAACAGUUGAAUGACAGGGGUGGAGAUUAAUCUUCACUGGGGCAAAUAAGCUGCCAUGUACAGUGUGAGCCUGCCAUUAAAAGGGGCUCCACAGGGUCACAGGCCUACUAGAAAACUGCAAGGAGCUACGCUAGAGGGGGGAUUUUUUUUUUUUUUUUUUUUUACACUAGAUUUAUCGGUUAUUGGGGUUUGACCCAGGUACGCGCAGGCUUUAAGGCGCUGCACUUAAGCACUGUCACUUUAGAAACAUUUGGUCCUGCUCAGAGUCAAUUUUGAUAAACACGGCAACCAUUAAAUCACUCAUGAGGUUUGCAAAGAAAAAAAAUAAAAAUACAUAUAAAUGUAGUUCUGAUUUAACAAUAGCCGUUGGACUUGGCAUGUUCUACUUUGCCAUCUUGAGGUCUAGGCCUAUGCUAAAACAUUCCACUUUUCGUUCCCCUAGCAGCGAUUUAUAAAUAUUUUAGGACUGGUAAGAAUUCCAGGGCACAGGUAACGAUGAAGGCAUGAUGUUGGAUGACUUAGGAUAGUAUGGGCACUCAGCAGAAGGAGGCAGCAGCAUGGAACAGCUCUAGGUUUAGUAUGUGUUUAGGAUGGGCAUGGCCUUGAGCUUAUGUGGACUGGUUUUAAGGGGGAAAAUAAUGACGGUUUGCAAAUAAGAUGGUUUACAGACAGUGUAGUGUGAGCUCCUGGGCCAAGACAAUAGCGCCCACUCAUUACCAUCCUCACUUCCUGUUUUGUACAGUAGGGCACACCACUAGGCUCCAGUUGAAUUCUGGGACUGUAUAUUGGUAUUUGUGAUGUAAUGUUUCCUAUGGUAAAACUGCAGUGUAUUUAGUGUAAAGCCGUCUGCUUGCACCUUUGCUCAGAUGAGAAUUAUAUUCUCAUUUUAUGUAUAUUUUUUUUUCAAUUUUUUUUUUUUUGUUAACUAAAAUGCAGUUUUUUUGUGA